GUACUAAUUGUGUUUUAUGACGAUGUCAGGAAGAGGACUAAAUUCAUCACGUUGGUUGGAUGCAAUUUGGGAACCAAAUGCGCGAAUACAUAAUGUACCAAAUGGAAUGGACAUGCUUGAUUUAACUGGAGAUGGUGAUACUAAACUUAUUAUUCUAGAUUUAGGAAGCAGUACUUUGAAGGAUAUAAAGUUACGGAUCUUAAAUGGGGCAAAUCAAAUAGCAGAAUAUACAAUGGUUGAUAUUCCAAGUUCAAUUAUUGGCUUUCAUACUGAGAACAAUAACAACAAAUCAGCAGUACUUGCUGUUGGAAGUUGUUCCAGUAUAUUAAUAUUUAAAAAUUUAAAACCACAUUUUAAAUUUUGUUUACCAUUAAUACCUGCUCAUCCGAAAGAAUUAAAUAUAUGGUAUAAAACUAAUAUGGAUGCUGAAUUAAAUAUAUUUACACUCAAGGAUGAUUUAAAGAUAUUAUUAAAGGAAAUAGGUGCCGCAUCUAUCUCUUCUCGCACUCUCAAAUUUCUAUCACUUAAAACAGAAAUUCGUCAAAAUUUUGUAGAACAAUAUCGAAAAUUAUCACUUUUUAAAGUUAAUGUUAUUACCAGUAUGAGUACAAUUCGGAAAGAUGCUUGGACUGAAAUUGCUUUUAGUUAUUUAGUUGUUGGUACUGAAGGUGGAGAAAUUCUAAUUCUUGAUCAUAGAGGUUUUUUGAUUGUUGAAAAAUAUAUCAUCGGGUGGCCUCCAGUUGCUGUUACUAGUUCUGGACUUUGGGCUGGCGAUGGACAAAUAGCUUUAACUGGCCGAGAUGGUCAAAUAGGAGUUAUAGAACGAGGUAAAACACUUAAAACUUGGGAAAAAUUAUCUGCUCCAGCGGUUGCUAUGACUAUAUUAUCUUCACAAGGAGUUGCUGUUGUGACUAUGAAUAGUUCAUUUUUUGCUUUCUCCAAACAAGGAAGAAAAUUGUGGAAAGUUCAAUUACCCGGAAAUCCUUUAGAUAUGGUUAGUUUACCUUUGCCACAAAAUGGAUUAUUUUUAUUAGCAAUUAGUAUUGCAGGGUUUGGAGUUCGAAUUUAUGAUCAGAGACAUCAUAUUGAUACCAUUAAAGCUUUGGAGUCAGUAGCAUCUUUAAAGUACGGUCGUCUUGGACAGGAAGAACACACAAUGGCAAUGAUUACAUUCGGUGGUGGACUCAAUAUCAAAAUUCUGAAACGUACGGCGGACUUUCGCAUAUGUCCAUAUUUCAAUAAUAAUUUUAAUUCUUUAAAUAAUAUUAAAUUUACUAUUCCAAAAAAAACAACUCUUUCCAUUGAACAAACCAUUAGAGAAAAAUCUGAAACUACACACAUUCAUAGAACUUUUCAGCAAGGUUUCUUAAGAUUACGCCUAAAUAUUUCUUCAAAAGUGCAAAAUAUAUUGAUAGUGGAACAACAAUUUCAAUUACUGCCACUUGCAUUACAAUGUUCAAUACUUGGUUUUGGGCCACAGUACAAAAUUAAGAUUUAUGUUACCUGUUUAUUAGAAAGAUAUUUACCUAACAAAUUUUUUCUUGUUUGUAGAAAUGCAAAUAUUUUAGUUAAACCAAGAGUUAUAACAUUACCUUUUAUAGCUGUUGGCUUCCAUUUACCAGCAAUUAUAACACUGGUAAUAAAAAAUAGGAUACCAAAUAGAAUUCAGAUCCUAGUUUGCUAUAAAGGACAAUUAAAGCCGUUAAAUAUAAUCACUAUUACUCUUCCCAUUACUGAAGAUCAAAUUGAAUAAUAUAGAUAUGUUCUUUAUUCAUUUAAACAACUUUUAUUAGUUGAUGCAUCAAUAUAAACAAUAUAAAUUAUGCAACUAUACAAAAAAUAUUCGAUUAUUUUGAAUUUAGUCAAUAUCUACAAUCAAUAGCUACUUAUUUGUAUAUUGCAACAAUCUCAAGCAUUUCCCUGUCUAUAACAAUAAAUAAAAUAUCGCUAAGAAUAGUUUUAUUAAAUUUUUAAUAAAUAUUAAAGUUACAGAAUUUUUCGGGACACAAACAGCUCAAAAUAGAUAUUU